GUCUCUCGUUCACCCUUCCAGCUUUCUACACACUACCAUCUAGUAGCUGAAAACCUAGACAAAUGACAUCUCCGUCAGGCCCAGGAGGAUACAGCUCAUACAAGCCUAGCGAGCACAUCACACCCUCCGGCCAUGCAACGCCCAGGACAGCCGCCCCAGCAGGAUCGGCUCUCGAGGACUUUGUGCACGACCUCGAUCGCCCCGUGAUUGCGGUGGACAUGGACGAUGUGCUCUCACAGACAAACCUUGCCGUCGCACAAUGGCAUAACGACACAUACGGGACGAACAUGACGCUCGACGACUUCCACUACUACUACUACUGGAGGAACCCAUACUGGGGCACCCCGAACGAAACCGUCGCCAAAGUCGAGAAGAUCUGGGAGUCCGACUACCUCGACAAAGCGCCGCCCGUGCCCGGCGCAUACGACGGGAUCGUCGCACUCAAGAACCUCGGCUUCCGCCUCGUGAUCGUGACCGCGCGCCAGCCGCGCGAGCUCGACCGCAGCCUCGCGUGGCUCGCGCGCGCGUUCCCCGGGCUCUUCGACACGGUCAUCUGCACGGGGCAGUCGCAGGAGACGCUCGCGGACGAGCACGAGCUCGUCACGAAGCUCUCCAAGGCGGACGUGUGCCGCAAGAUCGGCGCGCGGGUCCUGGUGGACGACUCGGCGGAGAACGCGCUCAAGUGCGCGUGCGCGGCGCCGCCGGUGCCGGUGCUGCUGUUUGGCGGGUAUGCGUGGAACAGGCAGGCGGCGCACUAUGAGGACGUGAAGGAGGAGCUGAGCUUUGCGGAGAGGUUUGAGAAGGAGGGGAGGAGGGAGUACUGGUUGGAUGAGAAGCUGGAGGUGCCGGAGGGUGCGCCGUUGACCCGGGUUAAGAAUUGGGAGGAGGUCAUCCAGUGGGUGGAGAAGCAGAAGGCAGACGGCAAGCUAUAGAGAGAUGUAUGCCAGUGAUGUAUGAAGCACGAGAAC